CAUGAUUUGUUUGCGUUUGCGUAUAAACAGAACAGCUCUGUCAGGCAAAAGUUCCACUACAAUCCUUUUCGUAUAAAACUGAAAAAUUGAAUACCGUGCAAAAGGAACAACAUUGAAGCGAAUCCACUGUUUUUCACAGACCGACGAAGAUGAGUUUCGAAAAUGAAAUAGCAUCGAUGGAAACGUCCAUUGGAAAUUUGGUCACAGCUACUCUAUCGAACAUUCGCGAAAAAUUGUUCGGCAGCAAUGAUUUCGUUUUGGCUGACACAGAUGGAAACUUCGAAAAGUUUUUUUUAGAAUCGGCCAAAAAUAAGAUCGAUUAUGCAUACAAAGCAUAUCUGAUGCAAGCUAAAUUCAAAAGCCUCAUCACCACAUCGAACAACAAAACCGCUGCCGAACCGCAAAAGGUGUUGGUAUCACCAGCUAGUUUGGAAAAGGAAAAAGGCUCAACUGCAUUGAACUCAUCUUCUGACAAGCGGAAGUUUCCGCUAGUUCACUCGGACAUACCAGCAACCGAAAAAAGCAGACAACUCCAGUUACAGAAUGAACUCCAGACCACAUUGGAUAUUGUUGGUCUACCACUGGGAAGCGGUGAUCAGGAAUCAUUGGUAAAAUUGGUCAAGAUUUUGUGCAAUCACCUGUCGGUGCCAAUGAGUGCGGAAGAUAUCGAAAACGUUCAGACCGAUGGUCGUGCGCUGACAGUAACAUUUCACAAAGAGUAUAUGAAGGAUCAAGUGCUCAUGCAAUAUCAAGGGACAAAUCUGAGAUCUGAUGAAUUGCUAACACUUUUGCCGGGAGAAAUUGCAGCACCGGUAAGAAUUUACCAGAGUGUGACUGAGUUCUACAGACGACUAAGAAUAAGUGCACAGUGUCACAUUAACAGGAAACAGAUUUGUUUCUACAAUAUUACUAAUCGGGGACUCGCAAUUAAGUUCACUCGAGGCGGUGCACUUGUGUACGUUCAAUCACAAUAUGAGCUACAAUGGCAGAUUUUGCGAUACGAAACACUGGUUAAUAAAUCCAAAACCUCAAAAAUUAACUGCAGCCGUUAAUUUUGAUGAAUAAAAUUCUUUUGCUAAAAGUUCUGUAGAACAGAAUUUACACUCGUGACUAAUUCUAUUGUUUUCUACUUCAUUAAUGAAUCAACGAUUUAUUUCCGGACAUUUUUCGAUAAUUGUUUAAAGCUCAAAUAAACUGACAUUUAUCAUAGAAA